AUGCUUCCUGAAAAGAUCAAUACCUCUCUCGUGCACGUAGGAUCCCUGCUGUUAAAUGUGACGAGCAAGCGGAGUCCGUCCCAGCUGGUCUUGAGCAUUCACAUCUGCGCCUGCGUCAAGCAGGAUGCGGCCCGUUCCUCCACGCUGGCGCCGCGGUUGAUCAAACGCUGCACGAUCUCAGGGUGGCCGCCAAUGAUGCUUCGUGCAGUGGGUUGCCAUCGCGGUAUUCCAGGCCUGCUCCAUCAGGUCCGGAUCAUCCAGAAGCUGGCUCAGCCUUUCCCAGGCACCGUUUCUGGCAUGAUGCAGAAUAAAGUUGAUCAGCUUUCGCCGCUGCUGCGCUGGAGGUGGUGA